AUGAAAGCUGCCUGGGCAUCGGGUGUUCAUCAUAUGCGCCAGUUCCGCACCUACCGGACAACGCUCACUGGCAGUGGCGUGACUCUGCGGAUGCAGGAUAAGGUGCAGGAGGAGGACAGCAUCUUCCAGCGUUUCGUUGUGGGUCCGCGCAGCAAACAGCAGAUGAUAUGGUCUGUGUUGGGCACCCUCUGGAUCGUCUGGGACCUGAUUACCAUACCACUGGGGCUCUUCCAAGUGGAGGACUUCAUCCAAUUUAUGUCCGCGGUGGCCAGAGUUUCCUCCGUGUACUGGUUGCUGGACAUCCCUGCGCACUUCUUCUUUGGCAUCGAAAAACAAGGGAAGCUGGAAUUACGCCCUUCUUACCUGGCAAAGCACUACUUGCGUUCCUGGUUUGGCGUGGAUGUCAUGAUUGUGACGCUAGAUGCUGCCUUGAUCCUGGUUGAGACGUUGCGCGACAUGGGGGUGAAUUCGACCAUCUUCCGAUCGGCGCGGUUCCUUCGGACGCUGCGCCUGCUGCGAUUGUUGCGCCUCGUGCGAGUUGCGAAGCUGCAGCAGGAGCUCAUGCUCCUGGCCAACAGUUUUCUCUCCACUCACGCCUUUAUGGUGGUGAAGAUUUGCGUGGGAUUGGUUAUGAUGUUGAUGAUCAAUCACAUUAUCGCGUGCUGUUGGUACGGCAUUGGCACCGUGGACAUCAACGGCAGGAACUGGAUUGUCCAAGCUCAGAUGGAGAAUGCAGGUUUCGGAGAGGCCUACGCUGCGUCGAUGCAUUGGGCGCUGACUCAGUUUACGCCGGCCACGCAGGACAUCGCCCCGAACAACGCUAUUGAGCGCGUGUUCGCCCUCCUUGUCAUUCUCAUGGCGAUCGGAGUGUUUUCGUCUUUCAUUACGUCCAUCACUGCCACGAUGAGUUCUCUUCGCAAAGCUCGUGACGACAGCAGCAAAGUUCAGAUGACGUUGUUCCGCUUCUUCAACCAGAGGAAUCUUUCAGUGGGCCUUUACGGCAAAGUCCAAGAGGCUCUGCGACUGGAGGGUCUUGCCUCAGUGCGUGUGAAGGAGAGUGAAGUGUCGGUCCUUUCGAAGAUGCCGGAGCGACUGAAGAUGCAGCUGCACGAGGAGAUGCACAUGCCGCUGGUGAUGGCUCUGGGCUUCUGGCCUGAUCCGGAACCAGAUCAUCAUUACUUUUAUUCAAGUAUGUGCCACACCUGCAUUGUGGAGGACGUCUGCACCCAACUGCAGGACGUAUUCAUGCCAGGCACGGACUGUAAGCAUGUGCUGGUCAUCGAGACCGGGCUGAUGCAUUACUACGCACGGAACCAGGCGGGGGUCCUCACAAGAAACCAGGAGGUGCAGAACGAGGAUGUUUUGUGCCUUCCCUGUCUUUGGGCUGACUGGCACCACCGUGGGCGGUUGACAGCCAGCACUGGGACAUGCUACUACGGCAAGAUCAAUGCGGAUGAGUUUGCCGUCUUGGCUCGCAAAUUUGGUGGCCCCUUGUGGGUUCAUCUGCAGAUCUUUGGUAUCCUUUUGAUCAGCGAGAUCGAGAGCAGGGAUGAGGCAGACAAGCUCACGGAGCACGUCACGGACGUCCAGAUUGGAACCUUAGCUGGAUGA